UUAGGAAAUAAAAAGAUUGCAAUCGAUCUAGAUAGAUAUGGAAUUGAAUCUUUUGCUUUUGUAACUUUGGAAUAUUACCCAGUAGAAAUUACAAAAAAGAAUAAUCCUGAGUUAAUGGCUUUAGAAACUUAUUGGAUUAAAAUUUAUUCUCCAACAUAUAAUAUUUUACUGGAAGCUGGUAAUUCUUUAGGAUAUCAACAUUCUGAAGAAAUUAAACAGAAAAUGAAAGAGAUUUAUUCCGAUGAAAGAAGAGAACAAAUUGGUCUCUUAAACAAAGGUAAAUCUUUAACAGAUUCUGUUAAGACUCAAUUAAGAGAAAAAGCUCUUAAUAGAUCUGAUGAAGUUAAAGAUAAAUAUAGAUUAGCUUCUUCUAAACCAGUAACAGUUUAUAAUCAAGAUGGAACAGUUUAUAUAAAAUUUUCAGGUAUCCGAGUAAUGGCAAAACAUUUUGGAUGCGAUCAUAAAACUAUUAAUAAAGUGAUCGAUACUGAUAAAUUAUUUAAAAAACAAUGGUAUGUUAAAUUAGAUAAAACUAAUUAA